AUGGAGAUGCGUUCUUUUAUGCAAUCAGAGUGCAUAUAUGAAGAUGGUCCAUGGACAACCACUGACGACAUUGUUCCCGAACUUCUAGGCCGAGCAAAAAGCCGCCCAGAUUGUGCAGAAAGGUGCGUGAUUUUGGCUGCCCAGGGACUUUCCUUUUUAUGGCGAGACGACGAGGUCAGCAAGCUAACAUCGUCUUCUUGUGCAGCGCGCGAGUUCCGGACAAAGCGCGUAAGAGAGGCCCGCGACGAGGCCCGGAAAGAGAUUGACGAGUACAAGGCCCAGAAGGAGGCCGAGUUCAAGAAGUUUGAGGCCGAGCACACCCAAGGAAACAAGGCGGCCGAGGAGGAGGCCAGCCGCGAGGCCGAGGCCAAGAUCCAGGAGAUCAAGGCCGCCGGCAAGAAGAGCCAGGACAAGGUCGUCAAGGACCUGCUGACUGCCGUCCUCAGCGCCAACCCCGUGCCGCCGUCCAAGGCAUAG